AUGUCGGUUCCACGUGCGCGGCUGUUGGAUUUGAUGAGGGCUCGGUGCGAGCUCUUCGGCACCGUCUUCAACCCUGAGGGCAUCCGGACUGGCAACAAGGUCCUGCGCAAGGCACUCAAGGGUCCCUCGGUCGUGUCCUAUUACCCGCCGCGGCUCUACACCUUCCGCGAGUUCAAGAACGAGUUUAAGCCGCUUCAUCUUGAGGUGGAGUGUGAGGACGAAUUGGAUCGUCUUGACCACAUCGCCGCUCUCAAAGCUCGUGGAAAAGGGACGCCGAAGAAGAAGAAGGGCCCAGGAGCACAGCCCAAAGCCAAGUAA